AUGAUGGCACAGGUCCAGAUAAGAUGGCCCACAUCAUGGGCCCACCGGACUGCUGUGACAAUGCUGCCCAGAUCAUCCAGGAGCUACUGCAGAGCAUCAGGGUCAGAGAGGAGGGAGGACAGGAGGGUCCUCCCGGGCCUCCAGGCAUGUCCCCGAGUGGUGGCGGCAGGGGCCGCAGCCGAGGGGGCCAGGGGAGCUGGGGUCCCCCUGGUUGUGGAGGAGGGGAGAUUACUUUCUCCAUUCCGGCCCACAAGUGUGGCCUUGUGAUCGGACGGGGCGGGGAGAACAUCAAGGCCAUCAACCAGCAGACUGGGGCCUUUGUGGAGAUCUCCCGCCAGCUGCCCCCCAACGGGGACCCUAACUUCAAGCUCUUUGUCAUUCGAGGCUCUCCGCAGCAGAUAGAUCACGCCAAGCAGCUCAUCGAGGAYAAGAUCGAGGGUCCCCUCUGUCCUGUUUGUCCAGGUCCUGGUGGACCAGGCCCCAUGGGUCCCUAUAAUCCUGAUCCCUAUAACCCAGGACCCCCAGGAGCCCCUGGACCACAUGGAGGUCUUCAUGGCUACCCCCCACAGGGCUGGGGCAACACCUACCAGCAGUGGCAGCCCCAAGCACCCCACGACCCGAGCAAGGCAGCCGGUGCCGUGGACCCUAACGCAGCCUGGGCAGCCUAUUAUGGCCAGUACUACCAGGGAGGGCAGCCAGGGGGAGCAGGGCCCGGCCAGCCCCCCACCAACCCCACCGCUGGUGGCCCAGCACCUGGAGACCAGCCCCAGGCCAGCCAGACCCCUGGGGGCCAGCCUGACUACACCAAGGCCUGGGAGGAGUACUACAAGAAGAUGGGUGUUGCCCAGGCAGGAGGCUCUGCAGCAGGGCCAGGAGCAGCAGGUGCCCCAGCAGCCCCAGGUGGAGGCCAGCAGGACUACAGUGCAGCCUGGGCAGAGUACUACAGGCAGCAGUCUGCUUACUACGUCAACAGGCAGCCCCAGGACAGCCUGCCACCCCUCAGCAAGGCCAGCAGACACAGUGAGCGGCUCGGCUGAGACUCAUAAAGAGCGAGAAUAAAGAAAGGCUACUACCACUUAACCCGACCAGUCAACAGAAUCCGGCCAUUUUUUUUGAAUUUUAUUAUAUCAUAUAUUUUUUGUUCUGAAGGGAUUGUGCUGGCAGUCCUUUCCCUGUCCCUCCCCUUUCCCCAUCCACCAACUCACCACUUGUUUAAAUAAAUAUGCGAAGAGAAACUA